AUGGGGACGUACGAGUUGCAUGUGACGUGCCCAGUCAACGAGGCUCUGGGCGGUGGGUGGCUAUGCAACUGCCAGCCAUGGCCGCCGCCGCUCUCUCCUCCAUUCCCAGCCGUCGCCGCUCCGUCAAGCCUCGCCCUCGUGCACUCGUCGCCGCCAAGCCGAGCGCCGACGCCGAGCCCCGACCCCACGACGCCGUCGUCCGCAAGCCGCGACCGGCGCCGUCAACCGCCACCAAGCCCCCUACUCCAGGCCGCGAGCCCCCCCUCCUCGACGUUGAUCCCUCCGCGUCGAGCAGGAGCCCAGCCCCGCAACGCCGUGUCGGCCGCGCCCCUUCCUCUGCGUCGCCUCGCCGACGAGCUCGCCGCGGACGUCACAGAGCACGACCACACCGAAGCCACCCACGACCGCGCCAUGGCCUCGUCCUGA